GUAUAUGCGACACAGACAAACAGGUCAUUAUUGGUAGUACCAACCAUGACCGAGGAGUAUUUGAAGCACACCAGCAUCCAUGGACGACUCACCACCAUGCUGCUUUUCAUGAUUCUUUUGGCAUCCUCCGACGUCGUCCGUGCACAAACAAUAAGCGGGGAAACCAAAGAGGGCGUCACCACUCCUAGGAGCAUGAGGACAGCGAGCAACAUAAUUAGCACCGAUGGAGAAGAAGCAGCUCCUAGGGGGUGGUGCUUUCAUGACAUUGUUUCAGGAUUUUACUACUGCAGGAAGACUGAUAAGUACUUUAGGAGCUUCUGUGAUUGCUUGAAGCAUUGCCUUUCUUGACGCAACAGGGGUUGAAAUUAAGGACUAGUAUUUGAUUUCAUUUGAGGCCGUGCUUUCUUUCUUUCU